GCGUGCGCGCCGCGUGAGGGCGGGGCUAGUGCGCACGCAGCCUUAGCUCCUUCCCCGCCCUUGCUCUUCCCAGUUUCUCCGUCAGCCUGCGGGUCCCGGCUGGCGGCUGCUUCCGGUAGGAGAUCGGUGUAGGGCGAGCAGGUCUCAGCUCCUCGUCAUGUCAUACGGUCCCUUAGACAUGUACCGGAACCCGGGGCCCUCGGGGCCCCAGCUCCGGGACUUCAGCAGCAUCAUCCAGACGUGCAGCGGCAACAUCCAGCGGAUCAGCCAAGCCACUGCUCAGAUAAAGAAUUUGAUGAGCCAGCUAGGAACUAAGCAGGACUCAAGCAAGCUACAGGAAAAUCUGCAACAGUUACAACACUCCACAAAUCAGCUCGCCAAGGAAACAAAUGAAUUGCUGAAAGAAUUAGGGUCCUUGCCCCUUCCGUUAUCUACUUCAGAACAGCGCCAGCAGAGACUUCAGAAGGAACGCCUCAUGAAUGACUUCUCUGCAGCCUUAAACAAUUUCCAGGCUGUGCAGAGAAGAGUAUCCGAAAAGGAAAAGGAGAGUAUUGCCAGAGCAAGAGCUGGAUCUCGUCUUUCUGCAGAAGAGAGGCAAAGAGAGGAGCAGCUGGUCUCAUUUGACAGCCAUGAGGAGUGGAACCAGAUGCAGAGCCAGGACGAUGAGGUGGCCAUCACUGAGCAGGAUUUGGAACUUAUUAAAGAAAGAGAAACGGCAAUUCGGCAGCUGGAGGCUGACAUUUUGGAUGUCAAUCAGAUAUUUAAAGAUUUGGCCAUGAUGAUCCAUGACCAGGGUGAUCUGAUUGAUAGCAUAGAAGCCAAUGUGGAAAGCUCAGAGGUGCACGUCGAAAGAGCCACUGAACAGUUACAGCGAGCUGCUUACUAUCAGAAAAAAUCUCGCAAGAAGAUGUGUAUCCUGGUGCUUGUCCUGUCAGUGAUUAUUGUAAUCUUGGGACUUAUUAUCUGGCUAGUUUAUAAAACGAAGUGAUUGCCUCCGAUCGUUCUCCCGCUGAGCUGUUUUCAAGGGCAAGUGCUUGUUGAAGUCUUGCCAGAACAAACUGAUCACAAGAAGACAGCAUACACCAGAACGUCCUGUAAUCAUUUAGUUAGAAACUAACUACUAACUAGUCUUUGGAAUUCGUGACCUAUGGAGACAGUAUUUAUCAAUUUAUUGAUUCUAUUGAUUUCUCAAAUUAGGAAUUAACUUAUGUGGAUUUUGCUUCCUCUUGUAUUCUGAUUGCCCUUCAUCCCAAGUGUUUACUGAAAAUUCCAUUCUAGAUAUUCUUGUUUUGACAAAUGACACUACAGUCUCGUAAUAUUGUCUUUUAUGUAUAUACAAAAUUUACCUUUUUACUAGCAUCUGAGAUAGAGUUACUUUCUGGUACCAAGUAUAUUGGAGUCUGUCAGAAACUCUAUAAUAGGCCACCAGUUUUUAUUAUUUAACAUUUUAAUUUGAAUUUCUAAGAAGCCUAUUCUCUAUCUAUUUUGAAAGAUUUUGGCACUAUAUUUAAUUGGAAGGUAAAAAAAUUGUACAUGUGAUCCAGAGUAAAUGAGAAGUCUCUAUCUGAGCUGGUCAGUUACUGGAGUACAUGUUACUAAUCUGGGUUUAAACUUUACUUCAUUAUCUGCUAGUGUCAUCCACAGCAGUUCAUCGUCAUCCACACUUAGCCAUCCUGUUAGUUUUUAAAGGAAGUUAAUUUAAUUAACAUUAAUAUACUCUAUGGGCUCCCUCUCCCACCUGUCUGCAUAGAAAGGCAGAAUUAGACAUAGCAUGCUUUGGAAAAGCAAAUAGGGAUUGUUGGGGAUGAUUUAAUCUUGUUGUUGUUGUUGUUGUUGUUCACUUGUGGUUCUACAUUCCUGGUGAAUGAUGAAUGUUGCUGUCAAAGGGCUGCCCCCUACCUUAUAAGGGUUGCUGGGCAUUUGAAGGCAGGAAGAUUUUUAAAGAUAGAUUGAGGUGGUUUAAAAUUAUUCCUGUGAACCAACAAUAAAGCAAAGAAGAGGUUCAUUUUUGUAAAUAACACUGGUUUCAAAUAGUGAUGUUAGACUUAACCUAAUAUAUAAACAAGAGAUUAAUAUCUCCAUGCAUAGUUUUAGACAGAAAAAGAUGUUUCAAUAAAAUUACUGUCUUGUAAUAUAAAUGUUGUCCACUUCCCUUUUCCACAGGCCUAGAACAGUUAAAGGGAACAUAAUUUGUUUAGGCUCCCACAUAAAUGUGAAUCUGGCCAACAACUUUGGUUCAUCCUUUAGUGAAUUAGAGGAUUUGGCUACCCUGAGUAUAUUUAUAUUCAUUUCUUCCAUUCUCCUUCUGUUAUUAUACUUAAUCUUCUAAACUAAACUAAUGUGAAUAGUAGGGAAACAAGGGCCCAAAUGCAUAAGUUUCUUUGCACUCUUGCACUUACUUAAUACAAAUAAAUGUUUUUUAAAGCUUUUGUAUUAUGUUUUUAUGAGUUAACAUCCUAAUGUGGUAGGUAUUAGGUAAUGUGCUGUCAUGAGAAAAAUUGAGACUUCCAAGAAAACUGGACACCAGUUGAGGGUUGGUUUGGGGACGGAAUAGGUGUAGCUGCCUUUCCUUGAAAAACAGUGUGUAGAGAUGGCUGAGCGCAAUGGCUCACACUGGUAAUCCCAACACUUUGGAAGGCUGAGGCGGGAGGAUCAGUAUAUCGGUAUGUCUGAGCCCAGGAGUUCAAGAUCAGCCUGGGGAGUAUAGCAAGACCCCAUCUCCAUUUUUUUAAAAUUAUUUUUUAAUUUAAAAAAAGAACAACAGGAUAGAGCUGUUGGGGUGGCACAGUGGCCCAAAGAGCAGCUUCAGAGAUAAUUCCUUGGUUCUGUGAUCACUGUUUAACUCCAAAUUACAGUCGGACUUGGAUACAUCAUUUGUAACAUUGUAGGAAAGAAAAAAGUCUUGGUUGUGAAAAAUGAUUUGCAUUUGGGUAAAAUAAAGUGACCAUGCUUCUGUUCUGUAAUACUAUGUGACCCGUGGUUGUUGUAAUGGUGAUCAUGGAGAGCAAAUAUGAACUUGGCCUGGAUUUUAAAUGGCCUAGAAUUUGUGGUAGUUGCCAAAGAGGUUCUCCUAGGUGGUCCUAAUAAACCUGUUCACAGAA